AGGCCCGUACCAGACCGCCAGGUCCACGGCUUACAUACCCGGAAGUCGCGAGACAAGACCUCUUAGUCGUCAGCCAACCAAUCAUCAUCACGCAAGAAUUGUAAGUGAAGGCGCCGGUGCUUCUGGUGCACAUCGUGCGCCUACUGUUGUCCAACAGGAUGUGUCUUCCCAAAUGAAUAAUGUGCUGUCGGAAUUUUGUCAAAAGAUGACGGAAAAUUUUGCCGCCCAGUUGGAGAAAGAACGUCGCCAUUAUCAGGAAGACAUGGAUAAACGUAUGGAAGAGAGGUUUUCUGUGUUCCAGAAAGACUGGAGUGAUCAAAAAGACGAACUGCUUCAGAGAAAUGAAGAAGCUAUCAACCAUUUACAAGAGUGUGUGGACAAACUACACCAGUCCAACCUCGAGUACCAACAUCUGAGGGAGAAAUACGAAAAGUUGAAAAACAUUGCAACGCGAUAUACGAGACAAGGAGAAUGAACGAUGGCAAAAGCUUACACAGUCGAACAUGGACAAUGUGGGUUUACGCAAGGAAAAUGACGAAUUGCGUCGCAGAAUAUCUGGUCUCCAAGACCAGGUUCUGGAUUUAAAUGGCGAAGUUCGAGUUGCCAAGGACAAUGAGCAUCAAGAUAGAACGGAAAUUGAACGACUUACUGCAGAGAAUACAAGAUUGGAACGUGAGUUGGACGGAAAAAAAAAGAGAAGCAGAAAAAAUCAAACGAGAAGCAGAGGACAUGUAUUCCAAAAUUCAGACGGAUAUGCUGUCCCAGAGGAAGACAUCCAGCCCAGAGGAAACUGAAUACAAACAGGCACUGGAGAGGCAAAACACAAAGCUGGAUGCAAUAUUUGCCGUCAUGGAUGACCUGAAAUCUCAAGAAAAGGCAUCACAGAAGGUCAUAGUGCCCCGUACAGUGACAAUUGGUGGGAAUAUGCAUCAGCGUGGCCAGAAGACAACAAAGAAGUAACAUUUUAUAUGUUCCAAAUGAAAAAUAUUUAUUACCGACUGCUUGACUUCAUAAUUAAUUUUGUAUGCGUUAAAUCAAAGACCAUCAGUGACGUCCUUUUUACUGGACGCGAUAGACAACGCUAGCUUGCUGCAGUGACGUUUUACAGGUAGAGGUUUUUUAUUGGGUGAUUUUAUAUAACAUUAGGAUGGAUACUUCUCUACAAACGUCAACAGUAUAUAACUUAUGUAUAUCUCUACUCACUGACUACUUCGUCAGAUGGUGAAAUAGGUUGUCGACCUAACAUGACAUUGUAGAAUUGAACUUUUGUGCAAGGGUUGGUUCGUGUUUGGUUUAGUUUUGAAGCUUCUCGUGUUUUGAAAGUUCUGUUAUAUAAUAAUUUAUUCACCGCUCAUUGUACUUAGUAUUUAGUAAAAAAAAAA